UAGAGAGCAGCCUUCUGGGAGGAGGCAAGGUGCUGACACCACUCUACCUCUCCAAGGGCUCAAUUUACUGAGGGAUCACACUCCUUUAUGCUAGGCCGGGAUUAUUAUCAGUUCAAUGGGGGCACUUUCUUCAUUACUGCCACCCUUCAACCCCUGACUACGGACACCUGUGAGACAUUAAGUGGAGCCUGUAUCUCGUGUCCCUUGGACCCCUGGGUUGCCCCUCUAGAGCAUGCCUGUAUGAGCAGGUAUAUUCACAAUUAGGCUCACAAUAUUACAAUGACAGCGGUUCAAUUGCAUUUCAUCUGUUUCAGUGAUUUAUUAGAGAUUAGUACAAUUUGUAUACAUUACUGAAGUGAUAUUGACUUAUAAGUCCUCCAUCAAUAAUGAUUCAAAGACGUCAAUCAAUUUUUCGGAAGAAAUCUAAUUCAUAAAGAAUUAUUUACCUUUGUUUAUUUAAAAAAUAAGCUAAGGUGACUGCAGCAUGUUUCUGUUUGGCUGUAAUGGAAUAAGGCGGGCAUCUAUGUUUGAAUUUUGGUUUACCUGGUUUGUCAACACUACCCCCUCUGCACCGCAAACACUGGUUAAAUGCAUUGUGCAUCCCUCGGCUAUAAUUCUUACAUAGUCGAGUGAAUCCAGUGAAAAUACACGUUAGACUUCAUCCACUCACUGUGAUAUGGCUUUGCUUGAGCUGUGAAGCAAGUCAAACGCAUUAAGGACCAACUACCCGUAACCCACAUAACCAAGUACAAUGGAGUGAAGUUAAGUGAAAUACCAGGGAUGGACACUAGGCGGAGAAGAGCCGACGCACAGGCAUAUGCAUGUAUUCCACCACUUCUCACUCUAGAUAACACAUUAUCCGGAGAUGGUUUUGGUCUCUUUUAGCUUAUUUAUUUGGAAUGAACAACAACAACAGCAGCAAAAAAACCUCAAAACAUAAACAUUGGAAUAAGAAAUCUCACUGAUAGUUUCAGUUUCAGUUUCAGAUUGGUCUAGGCUAGGCGAACCAAUCCAGUUUGUGUUGUUUAUGGUUAUUAGAAUGCGUUAUAGAUUAAUUCCCUUUCCUCUUGUUUUUCCAGUAUUCUCCUAUUAAGACAUUAAGGCAAUACAAAUGAUGCAUGCAAGAGGUAAAUAUAAUAAAAUAUGUGCGUUAUGAUGACAUUCCCGGUUAAUCCGUUCUGUAUUCGCAAUCGAAACAGACGUGCAUGUUACUUCUUUCGUUGACUUUAUUGUGGUUUCGGUACAUCCUAUCGCCUUACAUUUUAUUUCUUCAGUAAUAUCCAUUUAAAUAUACGUCAACUUUCUAAAAUUAUAUAUAUUAGAAACGAAUAAAGCGUAAAGGAUUAAAGAAAAUUGUCAAGACAAUAUCAGGAUGCUAAAAUUAGAGCGCUCUGUAAAUGUCUCUGCAUUGACCUGAGCGCCGCUACACAAUGUAUCGCGAGACUUCGUGUUUAACCAAUCCGGGUUCUCUAUUAUGUCAUACACUUCCUGGAAGCCAAUGCGUUUCACUUAAACACAAAACCGCGAAAAAUAUAAACUAACUAGAGUUUGACCAUACGUUAUGGGAAUAGAUUCGAGUUAGUCACCAGAAAACGGCUAUUUUAAAGAUUCCCAUUCACUGCCACCCGCUUGCCUUUCAUCGGAGGUGACGGGAAUUAGCUAGCCAUUUUGAGCUAAAAUGUCAGUGGUUGUGGAGGACCGAGGGACCUGGACGCUGACGGCCGUAACCGUCGCUUGUGUCGCCGCACUCUAUGUUCCUACUGUGCAGAGAACAGUACCUGGAGGGGACUCAGGAGAGCUGAUCACCGCUGCCUGUGAACUGGGGGUGGCCCACCCUCCGGGCUACCCCACCUUCACCCUACUGGCCCGCCUGGCCAUGGGGCUGUUGCCCUCCCUCUCCCCGGCCCACAGUGUCAGCCUGAUGUGCGGGCUCCUGGGGGCCCUGGCCAGCGGGGCACUCUGUUUCACCGUCUGCAGGCUGUCCGGUCCGGGUCCCGGGGCACUGCUGGCCGGUGGGGCGUUCGCCGUGACGAGGCUCACCUGGCAGUGGUCCACCGUGGCGGAGGUCUUCAGCCUCAACAACCUGUUUGUAGGCCUGCUCUUCUCCCUGAUUGCCUGCUUCUACAAUCCGGGCGUUAGGAAUCGGUCCUUAGAUGCCUCGAAACGUAGGAAGAUUGCCCACCUGGGGGCGCUGUGCUGUGGCCUGGGGCUCUGUAACCAGCACACCAUGGUGCUGUUUGUGGUGCCCACCGCCCUCUGGGUCCUAGUGCAGCUGCACUCCGACGGGGGGCUGUCUCUCCGCCUCCUGGUGACCCUGGGAGUGUGUUUCAUCACCGGGCUCGUGCCCUACGUCUACCUGCCCAUCUCCUCGAGCCUCAACACGGCCCGCUGGAGCUGGGGAGACCAGACCGACCUCUCAGGCUUCCUCACCCACCUGCUGAGGAGAGAAUACGGCACCUUCAGCCUGGCUAAGACGGAGAGCUCUGUAACCGUGGCUACGAUGCUGAAGGCCCAGGUGGACCACUGGUAUGCUGACUAUCCCUUUCUCUUCUGCCUGGUCUUCUACCCUGCUUUUUACAAUGGGUAUGGCAAGGUGUCCGGGCUGUUUACCACUAUGCUAUGCGUCUACAUGCUGUUCUUCGCUUGGAGGGCCAAUCUGGACAUCAGCAAACCCCUGCUGCUGGGUGUGGUGGAGCGUUUCUGGCUACAGAGUGACGCUAUCGCCGUUGUGCUGGCGGGCCUGGUUCUGGGUGGCCCCAAGGGUGGGUUGAUGAAGAGACUAGGCUACCGGGGGCUGUGGAGGACCUCAGGAUGGGUGGUCACCGUGGGGGUGCUGGCACACAUGGCCCACUCUAACUACAGGACUUGCGAUCAGAGCCGCAACGAUGUGGUGGAGAACUUCGGGAGGCAGAUCCUGGCCUCCAUGCCCCGGAAGGCCAUCGUCCUGACCCGGGGAGACCUGCCGGGGAACACCCUGCGGUACCUGCACUACUGCCAGGGCGUGCGGGCCGACGUCACCCUGGUGGACCAGGAGAUGAUGACGUACCCCUGGUACGUGGCCAAGCUGAGGAGCCACCACCCUGGGGUCCACUUCCCUGGUCGCUGGUGGGACCCGGUGCGCUCGGAGGAGAAAGGAACCUUCAGCCUGGAGCACUUCCUCUCCAACAACACACAUAGGCCUGUGCUUGCAUGCAUCGGCCUGACUGAUGGGGACCCCAGCUGGGAGCGGAGCUUCACCCGUUGGCCCCUGGGCGUGUGCGACCACCUUGUCCCAGCCCACACACACUUCCACCCUGAGGACUGGGCUCACCGCACCCGCAACCUCUACCAGUGGAGCCAGCCCCACAACAGUUUCCAUCCCGGUUCCUGGGAGCAUGUUGCUAACGAAGAGAUGUGGCAGGCCAGGAUGAAGACGGCUUUCUUCCUCUACGACCUCGCAGAGGGCAUGGAGGGCGACGGGAAGGCACGCCUCUAUCAGCUGUCCUACACCCUCUACAAGGAGAUUGUGGAGGCCUACCCAGUGUACCCCCCCAACUGGGACAGGAACAUGGCCCUGGCCUGCGAGAGGCUGCUCCGCUCGGGCCCCCAGGGGCCCGGUGUGGCCGAGCGCCUGCUGUCCUGCGGCAUCAAGCACUUCUCCCUGUACCUGACCAAGGAGCGGCAGGAGCCCCAGGCCCCGGCCAUACGCUCGGCCAUCGCUCAGCUGCUCCAGGAGCGGGAGCGGCUCCGGCAGAACCUGGUGCAGGGCCCCUGAACCGGCCCCCCGUCGGGCCCCUCUAACGUAGCCCGCCCCCGGGGUGGAAGCGGAGAGAGGGGGCUCCUGGGAGCCAGCUGGAGGUCUGAUCUGACUACUUUGUUGAAAAAAACAAUGAUUGAUUUCUUGAUUACGUGAGAUUCUUUGCACUGGGUUGAAUGGGACUUGUGAGUUUGGGACUGGCACCUUACGGGGGCCGCCUGGGACCGUGGGACGAGACGACACAGUGAGGCUACGGCCACAACGUGGUUUAGAAGCCGAGCAGACACGGUGGACGUGAUUGGACUUUGGUGGACUGGAUGUUUCCCGUCUGACCCGCCGGGUCCUCCCGGGACAGGCCUGGACUUUGGGAAAACCCAGUUGACCCCAAUCAAAUCACUCCCGCCUCACUCGGCUGCAUCUUCACAGCCUGUGUUUUUCCCUCCACUCUGACCAGCGUUUAUGUGAUGAUUAUUCAGCCUUUGCCUGCUGCUAAUGUGAGAAAAAAAAGAGCUGGGCUGGGAUUGAGGGGAAAACCCAAUUCCAAGCGCCAAAACGGGGAUUAGUGCUGCUGUUUAAUCUGGGACAGACUGGUGCCGUUGCUCACUGGCGUUUUCUACUGUGUCCCCUUUCUUCCCCUGCCUGCCCAGCCCUCCCUCUUCCCUCCGUCCAUCCAUCACUCUAUCUUAGAUGGUCCUUUUAUACGUUUCGAAACCGAAUGGAUUCCCUCCCCUCUUCUCCACUAACAGCACAGCGAUAAUCCUUUGCGGAUUUAAACAGAACAGCGGAAGCUACAAUGACGUGGAUGUGCGUUUUUUUCGUGCGAGCGUCCUCACACACACGUUCACGUACGCACAUGCACACAGCUCAACAAACAGAACCUCGUUCUAGGGUAGUGGCCUCACACGUGGAGGGGCAGACUGAACCAGACCGGACGCCAAGCAUCCCCAGGGAGGCAGAGACGGGCCCAGAGACCCAGGUGAUGUACCGCAGAGAGCCGCCCAGCACAGGGAGGCUUCAGUCGCACACUGUCUGGGAGUGUGGCUGUCCUUACUGAGGACCGCAUCCUCCUGCUGUUUAAGCCUAUAGGAUCUCUAGGAUAGGAUUAUAACCUUGGGAGGAUCUCUGCGUCUUUGAGGUGAAGUAGGUCUUUAGCCUCGACGAGAAGGGGGCUGAGAAGGUCAAGUACCGCACAUUCUGACCUGCUGUCUUGCUAUUUUACUAAAGUGUUAAACUCGCCGUUUUAAUCAAUUGUUUUAAGUCUGUUUACCUCCUUAAGCAUCUUUAGCGGGAGCUAAUGGGGGCGGGAAUGGGGUGCCGUUUUUAUCUGAAUGCUCUCAUGGUCUGAGUCUGAUUGCUUACCUUGCACAGAAUACUGUGAGGAAUCACAACACAUGAAGGUGGUGGCUUACUGUAUUAGUCAAUUAAAUCAGAAAUUCA